AUGGGUGGUGGUCAAUCAUGUAGCUCGAGCACCAGCAUUCAUCAGGUCACCCCGGCGGCCAUUUUGCAGAGGUACGACGCCCACGACUGCAGCGAGCCCUCUUGGUACACCAACAACGACUGCAGCAACAUACCCAACAGCCAGUUCAGCUACAGGCAAUACCUCGACGAGAAGGGGCAUUUCUAUUACCAGCUCUGGUACAUCGUGCGCGUCUGUUCCCCUGGCUAUUAUGUAUCUGGCACCACAUGUGUUCCGUGCAGACAGUCGUGUUCAGGGAAUCAAUAUCUGAAGGGUUCAUGUUCGGGAUUCAACGACUUCACUUGUACAGACUGCCCGCUGGGCACGCAGACGAGCAGCGAUUGGAGUUUUUGCCUCAACAUAUACAGCUGCUACCGCUACAGCCUAGAUUCUGCCACUGACACCCUGAUGCUGACGACAUCGCCCACGAUAUGCCCCUACUACACAAGAACCGCGAUAGAAAUGCUGCAAAGCCCUUAUACGGCGAAUAUACCCAUACCCUGGAACUAUAUACCAGCGUGCGUCAACUUCAUACCGAACAGCAUACAGCCCUUCACAUACGGGGGGGGCAACAACCCCUACAUCUACUACUGCUUCGGGAACUCAAGGGUGUUGUAUUUUGACACUGACGGCGCCAUGAGUUACUUUUGCUUGAAUCUCUACUGCAAAUGCAACGCAGGCUACACAGCGUACGGGACAAACUGGCAAUACUGCGUACCCUGCACCCAAUGCGGGCAGUACGAGAAAAUUGUGGGGACUUGCGACACUGGCCACGACGUUUCCUGUCAGACUCUUAUCUGUAACAACGAAUUCGAGUACAUCGAAAACCAUGCGUGCCAGUCGUGCGACUACUGCAAUGCGGGCUACAAGGCGGUGGGAUGCGGUGUCGACUACCUGGUCACGCUGUACCUAAACUACUUGUAUGUCUUGCAAUCGUACACCAUCACGGUGACGUCGAGUUCUAAGGGAAGCUGCAAGCCUUGUGCCUGCGCGGCGGGGCACUAUUACAUAUCAUGCCAGAACUCGGUGCAAUCUGAGUGCCUCCCCUGCGCGUCGUGUUCUGUGGGGACGUACAGGAGCGGGUGUGGCGGUGCGAGCGCGGGAAACUGCUCUAGCUGCCAAGACUACGGCAUGAUCCACUGCAAUAGCUUGGAGUACCUUGACCAAUGCAACAGUACCAGCCCAGGAGUUUGCAAAAAAUGCCCUGUCCAUACAUCCAGUAUGAACCCUGUCCCAAACGCAGCAGGCAACUACUACAAGAACGGCAUCCAGAGCUGUGUGUGCCAGAAGGGGUACUACCACAGCAAUUCGGGCUGUGUCCAGUGCCCCAUCGGACAGUACACGGACCAAUACGGUUCUGCCAAGUGCUUGUACUGCCCGAAGCGCAUGAGCACGAAGGAUGCAGGAAGCGUGUCCACGGACUGCGCGUGCGACCCGGGCUACCUGCUGGACACCACCGUGGGGACGUGCCAGGCCUGCCCGAUCAGUAGCUACAAGACCGCCAUGGGUAAUUCUACAUCGUGCACUAAGUGCCCCUCCACACAGUACACCACUGUAACUGGGAGUGUCUCUUCCAGUGCCUGCAAGUCCUGCCCUGCCCACUCGCACAUCAACUCCUAUCAGACCGGGUGCAAUUGCGACAGCGGGUACUACCGCCCUGGGGUGGAGUUGACUUGCUAUCCCUGUCCGGCGGGGAGCUACGUCAACGCGCAGGGGUCUUGCGUGCCCUGCGCGGUGGGUUCAUAUUCGUACGGUAUAGUCACCUCCUGCACGAGCUGCGUCUCAGGCUUCACCACGCGUGAUCCUGGUGCCGUCAGCUCAUCGCUGUGCAUCCGCAACUGCCUCGCCGGCACGUACAACACGGGAUCGGCAUUGGCAGCUCCCGGAGGCAUCGGGUUCGAAGCCUGGGAGGCACACGCAGCUGGCCGCGCUAGACUCACCCGAGUGCAGGUUGGUGGAGUGGGCCCUGCAGACCCGGCACACGAGUGGGUCACCCGCACCCAGAACGGAAGAGAAACGGAGAUAGCAUGCUCCCGACUGAAGGAAUCCGGGGUAUACGGUGCUGAGCCCUGA